GUUAAAAAUGCUCGUUAAUCGAAAUGGAAAAUAGGUCGGUAGUUGACGACAUUGUGCGAGCUCUAACAAUAGAGUGAAUUAUCGUCGGUUGUAGAGAGUACAAUUCGUAUAUGCAGACAGAAAAGCAAAACCUAAACGAGUGCGUAUCUCAAUUGAUCAUUCAGGCAGAUGAUUGUGGGCGAUAGCAGCGUUGUAGGGGCGGGGGACAAACCAGUGUUUACAAAUUUUUGGCAAAUUUCCCAUCAUGGACUUCGAGACUUUGGCCUCAGGACUUAAUUGCACCCCCCCAGCCAUAGACGACUUCCCUAGGGACUUCUUCAACGAAGAACAAAGACAAGGUGGUGCGGUCGCAGUGCAUGUGCUAGUCUCACUUUACCUUUUCGUUGCGCUGGCCGUAGUCUGUGAUAAAUUUUUUGUGCCGGCCGUUGAAAAAAUAUGUCACGCGUUAAAUAUGUCCUCCGACGUGGCGGGUGCGACAUUUAUGGCCGCCGCGACGUCGGCGCCCGAACUUUUCGUCAACGUAAUUGGUACUUUUAUAACUGAAGGUGAUAUUGGUGUGGGUACCAUCGUGGGUUCCGCUGUUUUUAAUAUUCUUGCUGUGGCCGCGUGUUGUGGAAUUGGAGCUGGAAUGUGUGGCGUAAAGGUGGUUCCCUUAGACUGGUGGCCUCUGACCAGAGACUGUCUGGCUUAUGGCAUAACAGUUUCAAUUUUAAUUUGUAUUAUACACGACGAGAGAGUUGAGUGGUAUGAAGCUCUGAUUCUGGUUCUUUUGUACACCGUGUAUAUUUUGAUAAUGUACUUUGAUAAAUCCAUCCAAAGAUUCGUCAGAGGAAGUUUAAGACAUGCACAAAAACACUCAAGAUCACAUAGUUCAGCUAGCACAAAGUCUAAAACACAAUCCAUAGAAGCUGUCGAAGCCCAUUUACCGUUGCGACCUCCCAGCGAAAAAGAAGCGCAAAAUGAUGCAGAAGAACGCCCACCCGCCCAUCUUAAUGGAUCCGUGAAAGUAGCAGUGCCAGAGCCCGCAGAAACCGACGAAAUGAACAAUAAAGUAGUCGACGGUAACAUUUGUGGUGAGAAAGAUGAACCAAGACAUUCAAUUUGGAAAUGGCCCUCUGGACGCAGUACGUUCACCAAGGCUACGUGGAUUUUAACGUGGCCCAUUCAUUUGGUGUUCUAUUUUACAAUUCCUGAUUGUGAGGAUCCCAAAUUCAAAAAAUGGUUUUCUAUGACGUUUGUAAUGUGUAUUGUUUGGAUUGGUUCCCUUUCUUAUAUUGUGGCUUGGAUGAUUACUAUUAUUGGAGAUACACUGAAAAUACCGGAUUCUGUUAUGGGUAUAACGUUCUUGGCUGCCGGUACUAGCGUACCGGAGGCAGUUUCAAGCGUAAUUGUGGCCAAACAAGGACAUGGAUCUAUGGGAAUAAGUAAUUCUAUUGGAUCAAAUACUUUUGAUAUUUUACUGUGUUUGGGACUUCCAUGGUUCAUCAAGGCCACAUUUAUGCCCACCAUUGCAGGAAAACAUUGGGUCGGAAUAAAUUCAGCAGGAAUAGAGUACAGCGCCAUCUCUCUGUUGUCUUCUCUACUGAUGCUCUAUGUUGUCUUCGCAUUGAACAAGUUUAAGCUGGACAAGAAAGUAGGCCGCAUUUGUCUGCUAAUGUACGCCAUCUUUCUGAUACUGGCCAGUCUAAUCGAACUAAACGCCUUUUUCCGGGUAAAUUUGCCCACUUGCGGCCGAUGAAUACAGAAAACUUUUUUUAAAUAAAAAGUGAGUGCGCGGUAAAUUCACACAAAUUUAUAUUUAAGUACAACAAACGUUUUUUAAGCAAAUAGUUACAAUACAUCCGAAUUAUGCAACAAAAUGGUGUUGAAUUGUUGUUUGCUACUUGUGAUGAUUCCUUAUAAAUGUUGCUUAUUUUGUUAUAAUAAACUUAUACAAUAGAAUUAUUUUUAAUACGUUAAAAACUAUAUUUUUGUAUUUAAAAUAAAUAAUAUCCAUCCAAAGUAUAAAAUCCAAAUAUUGCCUUUGUCAGAUCUCAAGAGCGAAAAAUUGUUUUAGAA